UGAAUAUGAAGAGGACUGUUGCAAAUCUUCUUGAAAUUAUUCAAAAUAUUUUUAUUGCUCUUAUCAAUAAGUAUCCAUCAAGCACAGUCUUGGCUCGUUAAAAUAUAAAUGCUCAAUGUUUUUAUGUUGAAAUUUGUGUAACUAAGUAAGACAAGAAAUGCUAAUUAUAAAUAUUUUAUAAAUUGGUGGAUGUACUAAGAUACUUGUGGAGCUGUAGUGAAAGGAGUAUAAUAUUUUUUGAAUCCUGAAACCCUAAAUCUGUUAACAUUAUAUUCAGUAUGAAGCACUUAGCAGCUUGGUACCAGAAGAAAAUAAGCUCUUAUGAUAAAGAAGAAUGGGAGACUAUGGUGGAGCAGUUAUUGAUGCGAGGCACAUACCGCCGUCGGAUUGUCGAUUUUUCGUCACAUGCAAGAUCAUAUCUUAUAGAUGUUGAUUUAGUCAGAGGAUCGUCAUUCCCCAAAGCAAAACCAACUUUGGCUAUGCGACGCGUGGUAUGGUUCGCACUAAUUCGCCUGUUGUUUCUACCCGCGUUAUACCAGUGGUGGGCGCAACAAACUUCACCGGCCUGUGCCAAAUUCCUGCUGGCUUUGUGGCUUCUACAAGUGAUCAACAUAUCUAUAAACUUUAUGGCACCUGCGUCUAUAGACAUUGAUUCACAUUGCUGGAUUGUGCCACUCGGUUUGAUGAUCGUGCUGUGUAUAGUUCACUCGCAAAUUGUCAGCACAACGGAACUGGAGUUAGCAAGAGUGCGACCGAGAUCGCAAUAUCGACGAAAGUUACCGCGAUAUUUCAGAAAAGCGCGUUCUGAUUGCGAUGGUGGAAGCGGUGGCGGCUCAGCUGAGAGCGGCGCAACAUCGAGUCAAAGCAAAACGCCUGUCACAAAACCCUUCAAAUUCAGACGACGACUUCCGCGCACCGACUCCACAGAUACGGGCCUUAGAAAACGUAAAAAAGAUCUGGUGAAAGAUGCGGAGCCUGAUUCAGAACCGAUUACCAAAGAUGAAUCUGUACUUAGAACCAAAGCCAAGGAUUCUGAUGAUGAAGAUUAUAUGUCUUGGAAAAAGCCUGAUGCGACCGCCCCCAUAGUUACGUUCACACCACCACCAGAUGACGUGGCACCGGCGAGUUCAUUUCGCUACAAACCUAAUAUUUUAACUAAAAAAUACCUGGAAUUUUUGAAUGGGCGACAAAACUUAAACCGCCCCAUGUUUGCUGACGGAGACGAUGGUUUCGAGAGUCUCAAUGGGUACAACUCUAAUGGUAGCGAUGGAGAUUGUCGCCAAAAAGAAACAGAUCUUCAAAAUAAACGACCUAAUCGUGAGAAACUAGAAAAACCACUUGAAGCACAGUCAUGUCCAAAACUCCCCUCAAUGUUAAAAGAUGAUAAUAAUGAUGACGUCAGAAGCGUACAAUGUGAAAAUGUGAGUGCUUCUGCGAAAGAAAAUAAAGAAGAAGAGGAAAAGACAGUAGAUGCCGACUCUGAUAGUGCUAUAACAACAACUAAUCCUAAUGUAGGAAAACGUAUAGGAGUAAGAUUUAGGAAAUCUUGGACCAAAAAACCUAUGCAACAUGAAUCGAGCGAUGACGAUUUUGGAAGCGUGAAAGGAAAACAAAAGAAAUUAGACAAUUACCAGACAUCAUCAUCCGAGGGAGAAUGCUCAGCUUCCGCGCCAUCCAUCGCAUUGCCUUCGCACCAUACCAUGUCAGACUGGGUUGGGCAAAUCACUAACAGUGAAGAAAGUAGCUAUGGAUCUCAAUCUGAAGCCGGACACUCGGACGUAGGAUUUGAUUACACGGGAGACAGUUCGUGGGAUCCCUUCGCAAUCCUAGAUCCAUCAAGCGACACAGUGAAGUGCACAAUGUGGGAACGCGGAUCUACCCUCCGAGCGGAGCUAUCGGCGGUUGAUAUAAGUUGGUAUGUCGUGGCGAGAGCUGAAAGAGCAAUGGCCGCCGAGGGUUGCAUGUGGGCCGGAAUAGUUAUGGCUGCACUCGUGGCCCUUGUUACACCCGCCAUUAAACUCGUUCAGGUUGCUAUUGAACAAGACAAUCGCAGCGAAGAAGAACUGCAAACAAUAUCUCUAAUCGGCUACAUACCCUCUCUCGUAAUGAACUAUACACAACACUCUGUGUUAUGUGUUUUCAGUGGUGCAUUCGGCGAUAACGUCUGGGAGGUGAUAUCAAGCAUUCUAUCAUGCAUACUUCGUUUCGCGCUAAGCGGUCUGGUUUUCUUCCUACUGGCGGUGGCUGAGCGUGCCUACAAACAAAGAUUCCUGUAUGCAAAACUGUUUUCACACCUAACCUCGGCGAGACGGGCGCGGAAAUCUGAACUACCACAUUUUAGAUUGAAUACAGUGAGAAAUAUCAAAACCUGGUUGUCGACACGAUCAUAUUUAAGGCGACGAGGUCCGCAACGAUCCGUGGAUGUUAUCGUAUCCGCUGCAUUUAUGCUUACACUGACCUUGCUUGCCUGCGUUAGUGCUCAGUUACUCAGAGACUCUGUAACACUCGAAAGUGGCUGGCUCCUUGAAGCAAUGGUGUGGAGUUGUUGCCUCGGCAUAUACCUGAUGCGUCUGAUCACAGUGGGCAGUAACGUGAAUCGAAAGUAUCGCGGGUGCCUCUCGGCUAUACUCACUGAGCAGAUAAACCUGCACCUGGCGAUAGAACAGCGACCGGAGAGCAAGGAGCAACUAACUGUUGCCAAUAACGUGCUGAAACUCGCUGCAGACUUACUCAAGGAAUUGGAUUCGCCGUUCAAAAUAUCAGGGAUAUGCGCAAAUCAUUACCUUUACACGAUCACUAAAGUGGUGAUACUAUCGGCACUUUCAGGAGUGCUAUCCGAAAUGCUAGGUUUUAAAUUGAAACUUCAUAAAAUCAAGAUAAAAUAGUGGGCUGACUAUCAACCAAGGAUUCUUGGUUGUGAUGAUAAUAUUCAGAAUGAUUGACGAUGGGACUGUUGAUAUGUGCGGGCUGCAUAAUAUCUAUUCCGUCUGCUGCCUAACUCAUGGUAUAACUUUUACCCUAAAAACCUUAUACCCUUUCUUGUUCGCAUGUGGCCUUUAACUUUUCCUUACAAUAAUUUCUAGUAAAAUUUUUAGAUAAAGUCCAUCAUUUGGUAGCAAAUUUUUUUAGAUUUACAGUAAAGUCGAAGAAAUCAAGCUUCAACAGAUUAUAUAUAAUAGACAGAUAUAGUCAAUUCAUUUACUUAACUCCUUCUACUUAUGACGCGGUUUACACUCGUAUGUAUUUAUUUGGCUUGUUAGAGUCACAAAAGACAAUAGGUUGUAAAAUUAAAAAUAGGUAAUACAAAAUCUGCAAUUUUUUUCUACUUAAAACAAUUAGGUCAAUUGUUCCGUUUCUCUAAAAUUAUCGUUGUGAGUUGUGAUUUUAUGGGACACUAGUACCAAUUCUGGUGUCUAAAUAAAUCAUCACAAUACAAUCCCAUUAUUUAAUAAAACCGAAUGACAGGUUAUAAAAUAUUUCCACGUAUCCUUUUCCUAGGCAAUCGUAGUGAAAAGCGCUACUUUCAAAUAGGGCGAUUUAGCUUUGGAUAACCGCAAUUUUCUAUACAGUUGGUACUGAAAAGAAUAGGGUGUAAAGCAACGAAAUUUGGCCUAGUGGAGCAUAUUUUUUCUUAAAUUUUUAUUGAUAAUUUUAAUGCCCCAUAGAAAGACAAAACAAAGUAGCAAAGUAUUAUUUGGUACCAUUUUUGCGGUUGUCCUUUGUGUAAAACCUAAUUGGCACCAUUGUUUUCAAAGCGGGCGUAUCCACGAAUCUCGUUUAAGGAGGCUAUAGCCGGAAGCAGCUCCUUACAAAAUUUGUGGGCAGUUUCUACCAUCAAUUAUUUAAAUCCUGAACUGAGCUAGUUAUAGCUAUAUCUGAAUAUUAUUUACACCUUAAUCUAAACAACACUUAUAGUUAUUCGAUCUAGAGAAAUCUAACUCCAACAUCACAGUUUUAAGGCAAAAUUUUGGGCAACUUACGAAAAUAAAUUUUAGCAAGUUGCCAUUUUAUUGUUUGAAUUCAGUUUCCUACAAUGCAGAGAUACAACGAGAGUUUACCAAAAAUAAUAACAAUGAUCAAUAGAACGUAAACAAUGAAAAUUGCGGAGUUAUAUUGCGGCGAACCGUAUUACAAUAACGUAUCUCGAAUUUUUUAAAUGCAGUAGAAAUAUCAUCAUCAUCAUCAACAACCCAUUUCCGGCCCACUACAGGGCACGGGUCUCCUCCUAG